CUUUUUACCUUUAUACCAUUUUUUUUUUAAAAAAAAUUUGUAAGUAGUAAAUAACUAAAUAUUACUAAAUUAGAGACCAAAUUGGUCCCUGAGUCAGUAAUUGACGGCAUUGAAAGUAGUUAAAAGUAGGUCAAAAGGUAAAAUAUAGUACUAUAAGAAGUUGCGUAAUUAACUAUUUGGCUGACCAAGACAAACCUAAUUCGCGCAGAAGUACACACCUUUGUCAUCAAAACAGAGUUUCAAUUCAAUACCAGUAGUGUAUUGUAUUGUAUCGCCUCUCUUCAAAGUCAAAUCAAAACUAUUCUCCAUUAACCCAAACCAAACCACACCGAUAACAACUGCAUUUAAAAUUCUCAACUACUUUCAAUUUAUAACAACUUCUUCUUCUUCUUCUUCUUCUUCUUCUUCUUCUUCUUCGAUCGGAACAGUUAGUUACAACACAGAGCGCCAUGGCUGAACAGAAGAGAUUCAUCAUUGAAGUCGAAAAAGCAAAAGAAGCAACUCAAGAUACACCUUCAAGAGGACCUGCUUACCGUAGCAUCUUUGCGAAAGAUGGAUUUCCCGCUCCUAUUCAAGGUCUUGAUAGUUGCUGGGAUGUUUUUCGAUUGUCUGUUGAGAAGUAUCCAAAUAAUCCUAUGCUUGGUACCCGAGAGAUUGUGGAUGGGAAGCAUGGCAAGUACAAGUGGCUAACUUACAAAGAAGUAUAUGACAUGGUGAUCAAAGUCGGAAAUUCCAUCCGCAGCUGUGGUUAUGGAGAAGGUGUAAAAUGUGGUAUUUAUGGUGCCAAUUCUGCAGAGUGGAUUAUGAGCAUGGAGGCUUGCAAUGCUCAUGGACUUCUUUGUGUUCCUUUAUAUGAUACCUUAGGUUUUGGAGCCAUAGAAUUUAUUAUAUCCCAUGCAGAGGUCUCAAUUGCAUUUGCAGAAGAAAAAAAGAUACCUGAGCUGUUGAAGACAUUUCCUAAUGCUACCAAAUAUCUCAAGACCAUUGUGAGCUUCGGAAAGGUUACCCCUGAACAAAAGCAAGAAGUUGAAAAGUUUGGGUUGACAAUAUAUUCAUGGAGUGAAUUUUUACAAUUGGGUGAAAGUCAGAGUUUUGAUCUACCUACAAAGCAAAGAAGUGAUAUCUGUACAAUAAUGUAUACUAGUGGAACUACUGGUGACCCCAAGGGAGUAUUGAUAUCCAAUGAGAGUAUUAUUACCCUCUUAGCUGGGGUUAAGCGGCUGUUGGAGAGUGUCAAUGAAAAAUUGGUUGUGAAAGAUGUGUACUUAUCAUACCUUCCUCUCGCACAUAUCUUUGAUAGGGUCAUUGAGGAGACAUUUAUAUGGCAUGGUGCCUCGAUAGGCUUCUGGCGUGGGGAUGUUAAACUGUUAAUUGAAGACCUUGGUGAGCUGAAACCAACUAUUUUCUGUGCUGUACCCCGUGUACUUGAUAGAGUGUACACAGGUUUGACACAGAAAAUAUCUUCUGGAGGCUUCCUGAAGAAGACAUUAUUCAACUUUGCUUUUUCAUAUAAGUUGAAUAACAUGAAGAAAGGGAAAAAGCAUGACGCAGCAUCUCCACUUCUUGACAAAGUUGUGUUUGAUAAGGUGAAGCAAGGUUUAGGGGGUCAUGUACGUCUUAUUUUGUCUGGAGCAGCACCUCUAUCUAUGCAUGUGGAAAAUUACUUACGGGUGGUGACUUGUUCUCAUGUCCUACAAGGAUAUGGUCUGACCGAAACCUGUGCGGGAACCUUUGUCUCAUUACCUAAUGAACUAGACAUGCUGGGAACGGUGGGUCCUCCUGUACCCAAUGUGGAUGCGUGCCUGGAAUCUGUUCCUGAAAUGGGUUAUGAUGCCCUUGCAAGCACACCAAGAGGAGAAAUUUGUGUAAAGGGUGAUACCUUGUUUUCAGGAUACUACAAGCGUGAAGACCUCACAAAAGAGGUUCUAAUUGAUGGAUGGUUCCAUACAGGGGAUAUUGGAGAGUGGCAACCUAAUGGAGGCAUGAAGAUUAUUGACCGGAAGAAGAAUAUAUUCAAGCUUUCACAAGGAGAAUAUGUUGCCGUUGAAAACCUGGAAAAUAUUUUUAGCCAAGUUCCUUCUAUUGAAUCUAUAUGGGUUUACGGAAACAGUUUUGAGGCCUUCCUUGUUGCUGUUGUUACCCCCAGCAAGCAGGCACUUGAACAUUGGGCAGAAGAAAAUGGUAUAUCCACGGACUUCAAUUCUCUCUGUGAAGAUUCUAGGGCAAAAAGUUACAUACUUGAAGAGCUCUCAAAGAUUGGAAAGGAAAAGAAGUUGAAAGGAUUUGAAUUUAUAAAAGCAGUUCAUCUUGAUCCAGUUCCAUUAGAUAUGGAACGUGACCUUAUCACUCCAACAUAUAAGAAGAAGAGGCCUCAGUUGCUUAAAUAUUAUCAGAAUGUGAUUGAUAACAUGUACAAAAGUGGAACUAAACCCCGUGCCUGAGAAAUGCUUUUGGUGUUGGUGCCAUGCCAUGUAGAUAAUUUAUUUUCUGCAUGUGAUUGUUCUUGCCUCUGUUCAAUUGUUCCUUUUAGUGACUGUCUGUACAUAUCAUUAUGGAGAGACGGUAGAUUAUACGCCACACUCAACCGUUGAAGAUAUGAUAAUACAAAGUUUAAACAAAUUGUUGGCUCGACCUGUGACAACAAAAUACUAUUCCAUCCCUUAUCGAAUUACACCAUGGUGUAGAUCUUGUAUUUUACCUAGAGAUGUUUUCAAAGAUUUAUACAAUAAACUCUAAUUGUUUCAUUUAAUGUUUCUAGUUCAUUUGUUAGACUGUUACUUUUUUCGUAUUAAUUAAUUAUUUUGAACUGAAUAGCAACUCUUGAAAGAUCACGAAUGAGAAGCAGUUCUGAAUCCUCCCAUUCAUA